AUGAGCGCUUGCAGUAGGGGCACCAAUACUGUAACCAUUCUAAAAGAAGCGAAUAGAGUUUGGAAAGAGGAAGAUGUCAUCAUGCCUAAAACAAAGAAAAAGUCUCAAAGUAGAGAAGAAUUAUUAGAAAAAAAGCGUAGAAACGAAAGAGAACGUUAUGCUAGAAUAAAAAAAGAUCCGACAAGAUUAGCCGCUUAUAAAGAAAAAGAUAAACGAAAGUAUUUAAAAAGAAGAGCCACGGGAGCUUUAAAAACAAUUCAUGAAAUGACAGAGCAUGAAAAACGUCAAUGUAGGAAGUCGUGGAAACCUAAAUACUACAAUAAAAAAUGUGUUGCUAAAAAAACUUCUGAAGAUAUUAUGAGAGCUAAUACACGAUCAAAUCGCAUUAAAAAGAAU